AUGACCACAAUUGAGAUGUCAACCACCGUUACGCCAUUUGAGCCAGCGGCAUCUUGCGUCACAGGCGUCUACCAUAUAUUUGCUGAUCAUGAUUCGUGGUAUGACCCCGAUGACCCUCCUGCCUCCUGCCUAUAUUAUCACCUUGGUCCAUUGACAAGUCGUUCGGAUUGCUUCCCUAAAGGCUGGCAAUCUGGUUCGGGUGCCUUCGUGUCCACCAGUGAAUGUCCAGGGGGAUACUCAAAGGUAUGCAUGUCUAUCAAUGCGCCAGAGACGACUGCGAUAUGCUGUCCUAAGUAUGCCACUUCAAUACCAGCCGCUGAAGCCUAA